GAGCCUGUCGUGAGAAGGGCAAGGCGGCACUCGAUACGCCGGCAUCGUGGCGUGUCGCACGUUGGUCUCUUUCCAAUAGCGCAACCUUUUUGACAGCGAAUUUUCGCAUGACACGCGAUAGCGGGUAUUACAAAGCGACGUAGCGACGCAGACACCAGAGCCUGACGCCGUGUAACAGUCAGGGCCACGAGAGUAUUCAAAGCCCAGCGUACCAAUCCAAGUAACAUAAAAUACUGUUGAAUUACCGUCGCAUAGAAAUGGAGGACUCACGCUCACUCGGCCCUGUCCCAGUGGCGCCAAUACCGGACGGCGGUCAAGCAGUCAAGCUUCUUAAGCCGGCAAACGAUGACAUGGAGUACAGGUACCUGCUGCUGCCCAACGGGCUGCGAGUGCUCCUCAUCAGCGACCCCACAGCGGACAAGGCUGGAGCCGCGAUGGAUGUGUGUGUGGGCUCGCUGUCUGACCCCCGCGCCUUCCCCGGGCUGGCGCACUUCACGGAGCACAUGCUCUUCUAUAGCAGCGCCAAGUACCCGGUGGAGGACGAGUACACCAAGUUCAUCAGCGACCACGGCGGCGCCACCAACGCCUACACAUCGGCCGAACACACCAACUACCACUUCGACAUCAACUGGGAGUCUCUGGGUGAGGCUCUGGACCGCUUCUCUCAGUUCUUCAUUGAGCCGCUCAUCAGCCAGGACGGCAUAGAGCGGGAGGUGCGGGCGGUGGACUCGGAGCACGGCAAGAACCUCAACUCCGACCCCUGGCGCAAGCAGCAGGUGAACAAGAGCACCGCCAACCCCGACCACCCCUGGUCCCGCUUCUCUACCGGCACCCGCCACACGCUGUACGAUGGCCCGCUGGCCGCCGGGUCCGACCCGCGGGCCGCGGUGGUGGACUUCCACUCCGCCCACUACAGCGCCGACCGCUGCUGCCUGGCGGUGCUGGGCCGGCAGCCGCUGCAGGAGCUGCAGGACAUGGUGGCGCCUCUGUUCAGCCAGGUGCCCAACAAGCGCCUCAGCCGGCCGCAGUUCAGCGACUCGGUGUUCCUGGCGGACCAGAGGGGUGUGCUGCUGCGGCUGGUGCCAGUGAAGGAGGGGCAGAGUCUGGAGAUGGUGUGGCAGGUCCCGCCCUCCGAGCGGCAGUACCGGGAGCAGCCGCUGGGCUACCUCAGCCACCUACUGGGGCACGAGGGCGAGGGCAGUGUGUUCGCGCUGCUUAAGGCGCGGGGCUGGGCCAGUGCGCUAUGGGCGGGCGAGAGCGGCGGCGGCAUGUCCUUCGCAUCCUUUUUCACGGUUCACAUCGAGCUGACGGAGGACGGCCAGCGCCACGUCCAGCAGGUGGCUGAGGUGGUGUUCAGCUACAUUGGCCUGAUGCGGUCUCCGGGCGGCAUCAGCGCCCGCAUCUGGGAGGAGGUGCGGGGCCUGGCGCAGCUGCACUUCGACACACGCGACAAGGGCCGGGCCUUCAGCUACACCACCAGCCUGGCUGCUGGGCUGCACACCUACCCGCCCCAGGACCUGCUGCCGGCGUUGUACGGCGUGCCCCUAGCCUUCGACCCCGCCGCCAUUGCCUCCGCCCUGGAGCUGCUCAGCCCCCAGGACCUGCGCCUGUUCUGGAUAAGCAAGCAGCACCUGCAGCACAACGAGGACGCCGCGACCGCCACCGUGUCACCAAGCGCGCAGCGCACAGCUGCUGCGGCGGCGGCGGCUAUUGCGGAUGAACCUGCCGGGCCCUUCUCCGCUGAUGUGGCUUCCGCAACGGCCCCCACUUGCCCUGACUCCGCCGCGCCUCCUCCGCCCCUGCUGACUGAGCCCCACUACGGCGCGCAGUACAGUGUGUCGCCCCUGCCGCCUGCCUGGCUGGAGGCGUGGGGGCAGGCGCUGGAGCGGCCGCAGGACCAGCCGGAGCUGCACCUGCCCGCGCCCAACCCCUUCAUCCCCACGGACCUGUCUCUGGCUGCGGACGAGGCCGCCGCUGCCCCCGUGGUGGCCCUGGCGGUGCCGGGGCGGCUGCGGCUGUGGCACAAGCCCGACACGCGGUUCGGCCAGCCCAAGGCCGUCCUGUACCUGGACAUACAGAGCCCGGAGGCUUACUCCAGCCCGCGUGCGGCGGUGCUGACCCGGCUGUUUGUUAAGCUGGUGUUGGACUACCUGAACGAGGUCGCAUACCCCGCACAGCAGGCGGGUCUGGACUACAACCUGCUUAACACUCAGUCGGGUGUGCAGCUGCUGCUGAGCGGCUACAACCACAAGCUGCCGCACCUCAUGACGGAGGUGCUGGGGCGGCUGGGGGACUUCAAGGUGCUGCCUGACCGGUUUGAGUUCGUGCGCGAGGGGCUGGUGCGGGAGUAUGCCAACCAGAUGCACAACCAGCCUUACAGCUGGGCCAUGUACCGGGCCGAGCUGCUGACCACCAGCCGGCGCUGGCCGCUGGAGCUGUACGGUGCGGUGGCGGGGCAGGUGGGGGCGCAGGAGCUGGAGGAGCACGUGCGGAGACUGACCAGCCGCUGCUUCGUGGAGGGUCUGGCUGCGGGCAACAUGCGGGCGGCCGAGGCGGUGCGGUGCGGCGGACUGGUGCUGCAGCUGCUGAGGGACAAGCUGGGCUCCGCGCCACUGCACGAGUGCGAGCGGGCCGAGCUCCGAGUCAACAAGCUGCCCACCGCCCCGCCCAUACCUGUGCCCGAGGCCGGUACUGGCGCAGCGCCAGCCGAGGCGGCCUCUGUCCCCACCUCCGACCCCAGCCCCGCCUCCGCCUCUGCCCCGCCUCCGCCACAGCCUCCGGUGUGCAACGGCUGGCUGUUUGCGGAGGAGGGGCCCAGCGGCCGGGAUGAGAACAGCGCGGCAGUGGUGCUGUACCAGCGCGGCCCGGACGACCUCCGCCGCAACGCCCUGGGUCAGCUGCUGGCCCAGCUGUCCAAGCGCGACGCCUUUGCCGAGCUGCGCACCCGGCAGCAGCUGGGCUACAUCGUCAGCCUGCACGGCGGGGCGGAGCACGGCGUGGGGUACCUGGAGCUGCUGGUGCAGUCCAACUCCCACGACGCGGACGAGCUGUGUCGGCGCAUGGACGACUUCGUGAGCCGCCUGCUGGACACAGAUCUGCCUGAGAAGUGCGCCCUCGCGCCGCCGCGAGGCGAGGGCGGCGGGGGCGAUUCGGCGGCUGCAUCUGAGCCCGGCACCCCUGCCGCCUCCACAACCACCUCCUCCGCCCUCUCUGAGUUUGCCACGGCGGUGGAGGAGCUGGCAAAGGCCAAACUGGAGAAGCCCAAGAAGCUGGGUGACCUGGCCAACCGCUGGUGGUCCGAAAUUCAACACGGCACCUAUGUAUUUGACCGCCAGGAGGCUGAGGUGGCGGCGCUUCGCUCGCUGAGCGCCAUCGAGCUGCUGGCCUUUGCGCGCGAGCUCAUGGGACCCGCCACCUGCCGCAAGCUGUCCGUGCAGGUGCGGGGCAAGGCGGAGGCGGCACGCAAGGCUCAGGCGACGGCGCCCACAGCAGCAACAGGCGUGUAUGGGAGCGCAGGUGCCGCGGCAGGCACCUCAACGGAUCCUGCUGAGCCGGGUCCCAGUGGCAGCGAAGUGCCCACGGCCGCCGCUGCUGCGGAGGCGGGGCCGGAGCCUGCCCCUGCUGCCCCCCGACCGCCUUACGCGAAUGUGGGGGCCAACACGACGGAGGCAUUCGGCUGGAAGCGCUGCUGCGAGUCGUGGCCCAGUGUGCGGGCUCUGUGGGCGGCGCGGCGGGCGGCGGCGGGGGAGCCGGGGCUGCCUGAGGCCGUGGGCGAGCAGGGGGCAAUUGAGGCGCAGGGUGCGUAAAGGGCAGAUACAAGGAUGGAUGCAUACCCACCCGGCAGUUGUGUGUUGGUGGUGCACAUGGCGGGGACGUGUUGGAACAGGCUGUCUACACAUGUGGGAGUCUCGUAAGGUGAAGGUGGCUUACUGGACAAUGCAUACGGGAAUGAGCGCGGGAAGGAUAGAUAGGUGGCCAGGCGUCGUGAGGGAGGCUUGGGAUCGUGUCACGUCCGCAAAAGCGGCCCCGGUGGGCCUUUGUUUGUGGUGGUGGUUGACAUACCGCACCAGUGUAGAGUCUACAACUAUGAUGUGUAUAGCACGUGCCGCGUGUGAGCAGCGAUGCCAGGGUCCAGCAGUGGCAGAGGGCGCGGCGAGAGCAGUGGCAGGCACAUGGGCGGGGCAGGCACAUGGGCGGGGCACACCGCAGGAGGUGCUCUGGCGGGAGGUGCAAGAGGUGAUGAAGAGGCGGCGCAAGUCAUGUUGUGUGUACAGAGUUUGGAGGACAGGUUGAUGCUGUCUUCCCCAGCCGUCCGGCCUAGGUCCGUUGACAUAGGGAGCUAGAUGGGUUGACCACAUCACAGCGCGAGCCCCAAUACACCGUCCUGAGUGGUCGUCUCUAAUCUAGGAGCAAACUUAACACAUCGUUUCAGCGUGUGGGGACGCCGCGUUGGCGAGAGCCACGGAUCGCCCUUAUACAGUGAGGGCAUGUCGCACCCGUGGAGGGCACUGUAAUCACUUUGGUGG